AUGCAUCUCUCGCACUACGCUUCGAGCCAUCUUCGCACGCCAUGGAAGGCGCUCGUACAAGUCCGCCGCAGUAGCUCGACACGGCAAGCCGCGCUGGCCCUCGACCGCGUCCUCGCCGACGCCGACGUGCUCGUGCUCGAGCCCUGCGACACGGGCUUUGACCUCUACUUUGCCGACCAAGCGCGUGCCCGUACGCUCGUGACGAAGCUCCUCGCGAGCUUUCCGUGCCGGACGACCACGUCCCGGACGGUCGGUAGCUCGGCCGUGCAGCACACGCACCUCGUCGAGGUGUGUCCACUGCAGCGGUAUGACCUCGUUAUUGCCUCCAAAGCGCUCGCACUCAAGCUCAACUUGCCGCGCGUCGUCGUCGUCGCCCGCGUGAGCCACCAGCUCCAUCUCGUCGACCCGACGACCGGCGACGAGGGUAUCGUGACAGCCAACAUGUACUUCCGCGACCCGCCGAUCUGCGUGUCCAUGGCGCGCGACGCGUACAUCGUCUUGGACGCCGAGCCGAUUGAUGUCGACUAUACAGGUCAACAGUGGGGACCGUACAACGGCGCAGUCGUCGAGCUCGAAGUCGCGAGCGCAAACGACUUGGGCGUCAACGACACGCGACACCACGUCGUGAGCCAUCUCGGCAAGCACGUGAACGUCGGCGACAAGGUCUACGGCUACGACCUGCGUACAAGGAUCUUUGGACUCAAGUACCGCGGUCUCGACAAGGCGGUCGUGCCCGACAUCGUUCUCGUGGGUACAGCCUUUUGCUAAGAACGCGAACCUCCACCAUAAUCUAUCUGCCGCUUCGACUUGAAACAUUGAUACUAUCGAGGCCCUAAGUACCUCAUUACACCAUUUCACGAC